UUAAUUGUUGACGUUUACAAAAAACACUCGUCAGUGAAGUCUGUUGGCGACAUUUUCCGUGGCCAGGGGUUGUAGCAGUCUUUAAUUUGGUCCAUUUUGUGUACAAAAGCGUCGAUCAGGUGUUCCGCCUCAUUUCGAAGAAGCCGGUAUUGCAGUGUCCGUUCUUGCCGACGUAAGCCACCGUUUGUUGCAAAUGCGAGUGCGGUAGUGUGACUAGCGAAAAAUGGCGCUUAGGACCUGGGAAGUUGAGGUUUUUAAUGUAACUGAAGAAAUUGUUUGCAAUCCAAAGUAUAACAAAAGAGUGAAAUUGAGAGCAGACUACGAUCCACAAGGAAUUAGCAUAAAAUUAAUUGACGGUGAUGAUUUUCACGUUUUGACAGAAUUCCCGAUCACAUCGUCUUCAGAAUGCUGUCGAGUGGGGCCUAAAUCGUACAUUUUCUCCUUCGAUAACGAGGCGGUUUUGUUCAAGUUUGGCUCCAUUGAAGACGCAAGAAGUUUCACGAUAGCCAUAACUAAAGUGAAGUCUGGGAAAGGUGCAUCCGUUUUUUCCGUGCGAACAGAAGAUUCCUCAGCCACUCAGUAUUUUCAAUUUUAUGGAUAUCUGUCGCAGCAACAGAAUAUGUUACAAGACUUUGUUAGGACGUACACGUAUCAAAGAGCAAUAUUAUGCAACUUAGACGAUUUUAAGGAUAAAGUAAUCCUAGAUGUUGGUGCUGGGUCUGGUAUUUUAUCAUUUUUUGCUGCUCAGGCAGGAGCUAAACGAAUUUACGCUGUGGAGGCCUCCACCAUGGCCCACUUUGCCCAGAAACUGGUGGAUGCCAAUAACUUAUCAGACUCUAUUAAAGUGAUACCUGGUAAAAUAGAAGAAAUUGAACUUCCAGAAAAAGUAGAUGUGAUCAUAUCUGAACCAAUGGGUUAUAUGCUAUAUAAUGAGAGAAUGUUGGAGACUUAUUUACAUGCAAAGAAGUGGCUCUCGACUGGCGGGAAAAUGUAUCCUUCAAGAGGUGACCUUCAUAUAGCACCAUUCACAGACGAUUCUUUAUAUAUGGAACAGUAUAGCAAAGCGAAUUUUUGGUUUCAAACAUGUUUUCAUGGUGUUAAUUUAUCAGCAAUUCAGAACUGCGCAGUCAAAGAAUAUUUUAGGCAACCAAUUGUGGAUACUUUUGAUAUUAGGAUUUGCAUGAGUAAAUCAAUUAGGCAUGUAGUUGACUUCUCAGAAGCUCAUGAAACUGAUCUUCACACAAUAGAUAUUCCGCUGGAGUUUCAUAUUUUAGAAUCCGGAACUUGCCAUGGGUUAGCCUUUUGGUUUGAUGUGGCGUUUGCGGGGUCACAACAAACGAUUUGGCUCAGUACUGGACCUACUGAACCUUUGACACAUUGGUAUCAAGUUAGAUGUUUGUUAGAACAGCCACUUCUACUCAAACAAGGGCAAGUUUUAACAGGAAGGGUUUUACUCGUGGCAAACAAGAGACAAAGUUAUGACGUCACAAUCGACUUGGCUGUGGAGGGAACAAACCAAAGUUCAAAAAAUACCCUAGAUUUGAAGAACCCUUACUUUAGAUAUACAGGGGCGCCGGUGCAGCCACCUCCAGGAAUUUCCAAUGUUUCGCCAAGUGAAAACUAUUGGAGCCAAUUAGAUGCACAAGGUGUCAGAAACGCUGUCAAUAUGGUGAACGGUAUGUCUGUGAACGGUUUAGGCGAAGUUUCAAUGGACACAACUCAGACUAUCAUCAAUAGCAACAUGAUGGCGAACAAUCUAAUAGCUUUAGUGGAUCCUUCUCACUUAUCAGAACCUACUCAGCCAAACAUUCAUCCCGGUUGCAUCUCGAGUACCGGCAGAGGGCGUGUAGCAGCUAGUCCGACCUCGACACACACAGCUCAGCUAAUAGGGGGCGCCAUUUCUCCUUCGUUGUUCACAUCACCGAACGCCCAACAGCAACAACCUUUAGUGAUGACAAAUUAUCCAGUUAGUGCUAAUUUAAUGAUCGGAGACUAUGUUACACCAGGGAAUGGAGUGGCAAUGCCUGCAUAUCGCCAGUAGUGUGUUAAAGACACUGUCAUGCUCAAAAACUAUUAAAAAAUUUGCUAAGGAUGGCAGACAACUGACGAUUUUUUAAUGUAAAUGUUUUAUUUAUCGUUUUGUAUCGUGUUGGUUUGAUUUUAGUGUCUUUAGUUAUUGCUUAUCAUGUGAUUUGUAAAAAUAGAAAAGGUGUUCGUUUGUGACACUUGUUUUUUUACACACUCGUGUUAUUGAAAAGAACACCUUUUCUGGGAUUCAUUCCCAUGCCUUAGCUUAUCAGAAUGCGGCAGGGAGCAACUUUGUAUUAAAAGUGACCGAAUAUUUUUAAAAAGCCCAAGUGUUUUAUUAGUAUUGUCUAUUUAUUUUUUAAUGUAGGUUAUUGUCAUUCAGUUUUGAAUAGUUAACUUGGAGCAUCACCUACCUAAGCAAUAAAUUUAAUGCCUUUUUACAAUUCUUUAAAAUUGAAUGACAGUUAUUUUAUCGUUUGUCUCGCAUCACGGUUUUAUAUGUCUAUUAAUUUUAAUCUGGUCAGCUUUUGUAUUAAACUAUGACAAUAGUAAUUUUAUUGUAUAGCCUUUUGUCUUUACAUAGCAACUUUACAGAUUGUCUAUAAAUUUACCUAUUUACAUGCGAUAUUUACAUUAUUAGGUACUUUAUUUAUAAUUAAUUUAUCGCCCAGUAGUUUAUAGUGUUUUCGUAAGAUCUGUGAGAUAUUUUUGAAAUUUGUGUUUGAGAAACAGGUUGUUCAAAAGUAUUUUUGGAUAUAUUUAUAUAUCUUGCGUUUUGUAAAUGUCAUAUCGAUAAGGGCAUAAUGUAUGACAUAAUUGGCAACUGACUAAAAACUCAUUUUAUUGUAAAUGUUGCUAUUUUGUCUGUGAUAUUUUGGUUACAUUAUUUAAUGAAACAUGUUUCCUGAAUUAAGUUAAUUUAGACAUAGGAGUCCAGAGUAGUUUGUUCGCCUACCGUGUUUAUAUAUUUAUUCUUUAAUGUAAUCUCUUCAGUUAGGGAAUAUCCUGUGUUUUUAACUAUCAAGUGCAUCUGAUAUUAUAUGCAAUGAAGCAGUCAUUGCUGAAAAAUUUAGGCAAUGGAGCAUAUUCUGCCUUACAAUACCACGUGCAAUGGCAGUGUAAUGAAAGCCUAGUUACAUAUAAUAUAUGCUUCAUGUAUACCAUAGGAUAAUUUAAUCUGUACAUUGAAUUCAUUAAGAACAAUAUAUUGUAUCACUUUUGAAAA